CGACGCUCCCGCGGGUCCUCCCGCCCCGGGCCCGCCAUGGAGCCCAGCCCGCCGAAGCGGAAGGAGCCGCGCAAGGCGCUGCGCGUUAAAGUCAUCUCCAUGGGCAACGCCGAGGUGGGCAAGAGCUGCAUCAUCAAGAGGUACUGUGAGAAGAGGUUCGUGUCCAAGUACCUGGCGACCAUCGGCAUCGACUAUGGAGUCACCAAGGUGCAGAUCAGGGACCGGGAGAUCAAGGUGAACAUCUUUGACAUGGCGGGACAUCCCUUCUUCUACGAGGUGCGGAACGAGUUCUACAAGGACACCCAGGGGGUGCUCCUGGUGUACGACGUGGGCUCCAAGGAAUCCUUCGACUCGCUGGACUCGUGGCUGGCCGAGAUGAAGCAGGAGCUGGGCCCCCACGGCAACAUGGACAACGUCGUCUUCGUCGUCUGCGCCAACAAGGUGGGGGUCCCGGAGAUUCCCGGCGUUCCCACGGGGAAUUCGGAGCCCGGGAAAGGCGGGAAGAGAAGGGAGAGUUGGAGGGAAGGUGUUCUGGGAGAGGGAUUUUCCCCUCGUUCCCAGACGUUCUACUCGGCCAUCGUGGAGCUGUGUGACAACGGCGGGAAGCGCCCUCCCCCUCCCGGCGGGGCCGGCCUGGCCUUCACCAAGGAGCAGGCGGACGCCAUCCGCAGGAUCCGCAACAGCAAGGACAGCUGGGACAUGCUGCAGCUCAAACCG